GCAAAGUGAGACUCAGAUGGAGGCAAAGUGAGACUCAGAUGGAGGUAAAGUGAGACUCAGAUGGAGGUAAAGUGAGACUCAGAUGGAGGCAAAGUGAGACUCAGAUGGAGGUAAAAUGAGACUCAGAUGGAGGCAAAGUGAGACUCAGAUGGAGGCAAAGUGAGACUCAGAUGGAGGCAAAGUGAGACUCAGAUGGAGGCAAAGUGAGACUCAGAUGGAGGUAAAAUGAGACUCAGAUGGAGGCAAAGUGAGACUCAGAUGGAGGCAAAGUGAGACUCAGAUGGAGGCAAAGUGAGACUCAGAUGGAGGCAAAGUGAGACUCAGAUGGAGGUAAAGUGAGACUCAGAUGGAGGCAAAGUGACUCAGAUGGAGGUAAAGUGAGACUCAGAUGGAGGCAAAGUGUGACUCAGAUGGAGGCAAAGUGACUCAGAUGGAGGUAAAGUGAGACUCCGAUGGAGGCAAAGUGUGACUCAGAUGGAGGCAAAGUGACUCAGAUGGAGGCAAAGUGAGACUCAGAUGGAGGCAAAGUGUGACUCAGAUGGAGGCAAAGUGACUCAGAUGGAGGUAAAGUGAGACUCAGAUGGAGGCAAAGUGUGACUUAGAUGGAGGCAAAGUGACUCAGAUGGAGGCAAAGUGUGACUCAGAUGGAGGCAAAGUGUGACUCAGAUGGAGGCAAAGUGUGACUCAGAUGGAGGCAAAGUGACUCAGAUGGAGGCAAAGUGACUCAGAUGGAGGCAGGAGCCUCGUGUGUGUGGGAAUCGUGUUGUGGUCUGCUGAACGAGGUGAUGGGGGCGGGGGCAGUGAGAGGACAGCAGCCCGGAUUCGGAGGAGCCGGUCCAUUCCGCUUCGCUCCGUCUGCUGGAUAUUCCACACACACACACCCUCGCACUCACAGACAGACUCAUACACACACUCACACACAUUCUCAGAGUCACACUCGCACAGCCCCUCACUCACACACACUCAGCUGUCAGUCAUGCAGGGAGAGCUUCUCCAUCUUCAGGAGGAGGUAUGUGUGUUGUGAGUGUAGGCGGAGUUUCUGCUCAGUGUGUUCGGUUCUGCAGGAGAACCUGAGGAUCUGCUGCACGUGUAAUCUGCUGAAGGGGACGGCGUUCCAGAGGCCACGCCUCAUGAAACUGCGUGUUAAAGACUUGCGACGCUACUUAACAUUGCACAACAUCAACACCGACACCUGCAGAGAAAAAGAGGACUUGGUGAAUUUAGUGCUGUUUCACCAAGGGGUGGAGAGUGAGGACGAGUCGGACACGCCCACCUUCCCACUGAACACCCCAGCCAACAUAGACUCCGCCUCCAUACUCUCAUCUGCUCAGGAAGAGCCAAUCAGCAGGGACGGUGGUUCAGGAUCCACCAGUGAGCAGCUCGUUGACUCGGCGUCUCUUUUCACCUUUGAACCCACAGAACAAACCCCAGAGGCAGUGCGGAGGGCGGGGCGAGCGUCUCUCUCUGACCUGUCGUGCGUGGACGACGUGGAGCAGCUCACGGUGCGUCAGCUGAAGGAAAUCCUGGCUCGGAAUUUCGUCAACUUUUCUGGCUGCUGUGAGAAGUGGGAGCUGGUGGAGAGAGUGAGGAGACUGUACACUGAGAACCAGGACAACCGCAAGUCCAUGGAGGAUGUGAGCCGCGCCAUCAGCACAGACAGUGGGAGCGCUCGGCUGGCAGCGGAUGAGAAUCUGUGUCGUAUCUGCAUGGACGCAGUAAUCGACUGCGUGCUGUUGGAGUGUGGUCACAUGGUCACGUGUACGAAGUGCGGGAAACGCAUGAGCGAGUGUCCCAUCUGCAGGCAGUACGUCAUCCGCGCCGUGCACGUCUUCAGGUCCUGACGUCUCUCUCUCACACACGAUAUGCAAACAUUCCACAGGAGACGACGAUGCAGCAUCUCUCUCUCACCUCAGCUGCGGAGUCACAUCAGCUCCUUCACAACUCAGGAUAUAAUGUUCCAAAUGCUCUUCUCAUUCUGUGUGUGUGUGUGUGAUUGGACUUGUGAUCAGUGAUGUAAGGGGUUGAUGGAAUGGAGCCGACGCCGAACCCUCAUGGUAAUAAACAGAGGUUGAUGAACCUCAUGUUCACCUGGAACACCAGAGCAGUGUGUGUGUGUGUGUGUGUGUGUGUGCGCGUUUAACUCAGAUGUGUUUAUUUUCUUGUAAAAAAAAAAAAGAUUUUAUUUAAUCCAUAAUGAACUAAAAUGACAUGUAACUUCUUACUCAGCCUUGUGAUAAAAUAAUUAAAAGAAUAAAAAACGGGAAAAGUUAA